AUGUACGUUAAAAUCGAAACGGAGCGCCUGAAUUUCAUUCGGUUGAAUCAAGCUAAAUUGCGUUCGGAAGAGUAUAUUCAUUUAGGCGAUGCAAUUUGCACAGAAGGAGGUUCAGAAAAUGUUGGUCAAUUGACCAUUUUACCGGCGACAUAUACAGGUAGCCCGCGUCAUUUGCAUGAAUAUGCGCAAGAUGCAAUGACAUAUGUUCGUCAUUAUGUUCGGCCAGAUCUAUUCAUUACAUUUACAUGUAAUCCAAAAUGGACGGAAGUUAUUCAAUUGCUGCUUCCCGGUCAAACAUCAAGUGAUCGACACGACAUCACCGCACGUGUUUUCAGGCAAAAAAUUUGGUCACUAAUGAAUUACAUAGUUAAGCAACACGUCUUUGGGAUUACUCGACGCUGGAUGUAUUCAGUCGAAUGGCAAAAACGAGGCCUACCGCAUGCUCACAUUCUAAUUUGGUUAGUUGAAAGAAUUCGGCCAGAUAAAAUAGAUGGCAUCAUAUGUGCGGAGAUUCCUGCUCCUGAAACCGAUCCAGACCUACAUGAUGUUGUAAUCACGAAUAUGAUUCAGGGACCGUGUGGCAUUAUCAACCGCCAAUCACCGUGCAUGGUCGACGGCAAGUGGUCCAAAUGGUAUCCACGAAAAUUGACGGCAGAGACCAUUACAGGCAACGAUGUUUAUCCAUUGUAUUGGCGUCGAUCGUCCGAUGAUAAUGGUAGAACUAUCACAACUAAAGUGAAAGGAAACGAUUUCGUAGUUGACAACAGUUGGAUUGUUCCAUAUUCGCCACUUCUUUCCAAAACAUUCAAGGCACAUUGUAAUGUUGAGUGUUGCAAUUCGGUCAAGUCAAUUAAAUAA